AUGGCCGGCUUGCUGGUGCUGCUGGGCCCGGUGGCCAGGAUCGGUGCCCGGGCCGGGCCUCGCGCCUCCUGGCUCCUGGGCGCCCUGGCCCCCUGCGCCCCGCCGCCCCUGUUUCUGCCGCCGCUCCGACCGGGGCCGCACGCCCGACUGCUGUGCGCGGCCCGCGGGGACUCCGGCGGCCGCCAGAACCCCAGCAAAACCACCGCGACAGCAGUGAGCAGCAUCAGCGAUACAGAGGAGAGAAAGCAGAGCAAGUCCCAACAGCUGAAGAAGGUUUUUCAAGAAUACGGAGCCGUCGGCGUGUCCGUGCACAUUGGAAUCUCACUGGUCUCCCUGGGCAUGUUUUACAUGGUGGUCUCGAGUGGUGUGGACAUGUCUGCCAUCCUGCUUAAGCUCGGUGUUAAGGAGUCGUUGGUUCAGUCAAAAAUGGCCGCGGGCACAAGCACCUUCGUGGUGGCCUAUGCCAUCCACAAGCUGUUCGCGCCCGUCAGAAUCAGCAUCACCUUGGUGUCCGUGCCCUUGCUGGUCAGGGCUGUUCAUCAUAGGACUUAG